AUGGCGGACGCGAUCUCAGUCGAGCCUGUUGUCACCCCUGCCCCCACAGUGGCGCCCCUCGAGUGGCCCGAGAACAUGACAACUACUGAAGGCGUUGUCAUCGCUGUGCUGCCUUUGAUUGCACUUGUGCUGUGCUAUGUCAUGUUGCGUCUUGUGUGGCGCGUACCUACACCGCUACCAGUGCGUGCGAAUGUUCCCUCGUAUGGAAGUACAGGAGAGAAGCUGCAGCCUAUCACUACGAUGAAGACUUCGUUGGUCGAAGAAGGAGAAGUAGCUGGGGACUAUGAGGAACACUGGUACGGCACAUUCGAUUUCGCCUUUUUGAUUGGCAUGGCGGUGUAUGCAGGAGUGAUGGUCAUUCUGACCUACAUUUACGAGCCACAGUGGCUACACGAGACCAAAUUCUGGGUGAUGCAGCUACCGAAGCUUGUGGUCAUGAUGGUUGUAUCACUUGUUGGGGGGAUUAUCUGUCGUUGCUUUUGUGAUGUGGAUGAAAAGGGUUAUAUCAUGACGAACAAGUCGUCGAGAUUUAAAGUCAACUACACGCGUAAGCUGCAGCACUUUGCUGCGUACAUGGUGCCACUGGUCAUCAAGUCGGAGUAUUCUGGUUCAAUUGCUCUGGCGUGGGGUGAUUUUUUCACAAUGUUGGGUUUCCUUGUGCUCAUCAAGCCUAUUCGUGAGCACUCCAAAUUCUUCAUGCUGCAAUUUAAUUCACUAGAUCGUCCAGAAGAUCGUCCACACACGCUCAAUUGGAUCAUUUUGGGGAACAUUGCUCCAGGGAUGUUUAUUCUUAUGUUCUUCAAGUGGCUCUUUGCCGCUCAAGGAGAAUUGACAUUCAUUCUCGUGUUCAUCACGGGCAUUGGUGAUGGUCUAGCAGAGCCUGUGGGAAACGCAUUACCUGCCGCGCCAACAAUCGCACAGAUUUGCUUCACAUAUUUACUCGAGCCAGUAGAUUUUGGAAUGAGUUUUGGGAAAACCACUGGCUUGGACGUGACACGCUAUAAGCCAAAAUAUCAACUUUUCAUUUAUCAAAAACUCGUGACUAUAAAAGACUCCCGAUAUCUGAGCUACCAACUUUCAGCUUUUAACGGCAGUGAGACGGCUCGGAACUGCGUGGGAAUAUAA